GUGGGAUCUGAACAUGGCUGCGGUGGUAGCUGCUACGGCGCUGAAGGGCCGGGGGGCGAGAAAUGCCCGCGUCCUCCGGGUUUUGAAACCUUUUCCCGGAUUUCAUUCAUACGCCUCCUGUGAGUCCCACUGCAGUCCUUCCCAUCCUGUCGUCUGAGAUGAAGAACAGCGAAGCUCGCUCUCCUGGCACCAGGGUGAUGAGCCCGCAGUGACGUGGAAGUGAUUUCCAAAGGGAUUCUCUCAGGAGCCACGGCCAACAAGGCUUCCCACAACAGGACCCGGGCACUGCAAAGCCACAGCUCCCCAGAGUGCAAGGAAGAGCCGGAGCCCCUCUCCCCUGAGCUGGAAUACAUUCCCAGAAAGAGGGGCAAGAACCCCAUGAAAGCUGUGGGACUGGCCUGGUACAGCCUGUACACCCGCACCUGGCUCGGGUACCUCUUCUACCGACAGCAGCUGCGCAGGGCUCGGAAUCGCUACCCCAAAGGCCACUCCAAAACCCAGCCCCGCCUCUUCAACGGAGUGAAGGUGCUUCCCAUCCCAGUCCUCUCAGACAACUACAGCUACCUCAUCAUCGACACCCAGGCCGGGCUGGCUGUGGCUGUGGACCCUUCCGACCCUCGGGCUGUGCAGGCUUCCAUUGAAAAGGAGGGCGUUACCUUGGUUGCCAUUCUGUGCACCCACAAGCACUGGGACCACAGUGGAGGGAACCGGGACCUCAGCCGGCGGCACCGGGACUGUCGUGUGUACGGGAGCCCUCAAGAUGGCAUCCCCUACCUCACCCAUCCCCUGUGUCAUCAAGAUGUGGUCAGCGUGGGACGGCUUCAGAUCCGGGCUCUGGCCACUCCUGGCCACACACAAGGCCAUCUGGUCUACCUGCUGGAUGGGGAACCCUACAAGGGUCCCUCCUGCCUCUUCUCAGGAGACCUACUCUUUCUCUCUGGCUGUGGACGGACCUUUGAGGGCACCGCAGAAACCAUGCUGAGUUCGCUGGACACUGUGCUGGGGCUGGGGGACGAUACCUUGCUGUGGCCUGGUCAUGAGUAUGCGGAGGAGAACCUGGGUUUUGCAGGAGUGGUAGAGCCCGAGAACCUGGCCCGGGAGAGGAAGAUGCAGUGGGUGCAGCGGCAGCGGAUGGAACGCCGGAGCACGUGCCCGUCCACUCUGGGGGAGGAGCGCUCCUACAACCCCUUCCUGAGGACCCACUGCCUGGAGCUGCAGGAGGCUCUGGGACCAGGCCCUGGCCCCACCGGGGAUGAGGGCUGCUCGCGGGCCCAGCUCCUGGAGGAGCUCCGCCGGCUGAAGGACAUGCACAAGAGCAAGUGAUGCCCCAGCCCACCCACCCCACCCGCUGCACGGUGGAGAGGCCACCCAUCACUCGCUCCUCGCCUCCCUCUCAUCGCAACACCACCACCAUUGGCACCCGCGGCGGCAUCCUUCCCCCUCACUGGCCAGGAGGAGGGGAGGGACAAGACGAUGAGAUCAAGAGGAAGGGGCUGGCCAGAGGCUCCGAGAGCCCGCAGAGAGAGACUGAGUUCAGGGUGAGAGGAGAGAAGGGGCCGUGGGACAUCUCCAGACCCCUGACUGGGAGAGUCCUCUCGUCCCUUCCCUACUCCUGGGACAGCAGCACGGACUUGGAGCUGCUGCAGCUCCUCCCUCUGGGGCUCCCUGGCUCAGCUCUGGAACCCAGGGCAGCAGGAGCUAUGGCCAGGUUGAGGCCCUCUUCGCUCUCCCUGACCCAGGGUUGGAGAAGGGACUCAGCCCCCAAGGUGGCCUAAGGUGUAGUGCCUUGGAAAGGUGGCCAUCCGGAGGUGCACCCAGCCUCUGGUGUACUGAGACUGCUCUCCCCCCAGGCCCGCCCACUCCACCCCUCCCCUGCCCUGCCAAGGCGUUUUUCAGACAGAGCCAUUCCUCAGAUCACUGAAAGGGCUGUACGGCUGGCUGGUGGCUGGCCAAUCUGGGCCUCAGUGGCUCCCCCAGAGCUUGGAGAGGGAGGGUCCUGGUUGCCAAGGAAACCCCCACCACAGGCUGAGGUGACUGGAGGCUGGGAUGUGCAGCAGCAGGUCACUCGCUCUCCACUCUCCCCCCUCAUCUGGCCGGGUCCCGCCUGCUGGCCUCUGCCCCUGACUGAGCCAGAAGGGCCUUCCUUCUCAGGGGAGAGAGAGCCAGGGUUCACCCCGGUCAUGUG